GUACUCAGUCAACAAGUGGACUUCGGUACGUUUGCUACUUCUCCUUUUCAAUAGGCAAACGCGUGCGUUCGCGGUCUCUAUCUAUUAUCGUCUUCGUUGCGGUACAAGAUUGAACGUAAUCAAGAUAAAAAUUUCUGGCUACAGUCUAAAGCUUUACUUAAUCUUGUAAGCCAGCAGCGAAUCCCCUACGACCUAGGAAUCGAUUUGGCAGCAAAGUGGGUCGUGAAAGUAUGCGGUUUUACUGAUUGUCAGAACGCCUAGGAAAAUGAAACCUUUGGAAAUAUUUUUCGCCGUAGCUGUCCUGCUCCGCGGUGACUUGGCGACAGGCGCUGACGGCCCCGUGUUCGUAAAUCCCGCGUUGCAGGUUGUGGCAACGCCGGUGAUCAAGAAUGACAACCUUGUCACGCAGACUGUAUACGGUUUCUUGGAUUUCACCACUACCAUCGGCAACACCGUGAUGAUUUUCUCGCCGCAGAGCGCGGCCCCGGCCACAGAACAAACUAAGGACGUAUCGUCGAACUCAAUCAUCGACACCAAACCCGCGGCGGUUCAAGCGCGAGACGAAGUGAACAUUAAACCGAGUAAACCUCAAGUCGUCGUUGCCGUCGCAAAAACGACAGCUGAAAAGAUCUCGUCUGUGGUGCAUGUCGAGUCCUCCUUCAAACCUCCCGAUAAGAAAUUGGAAAUUAAACCGUCGGUCGCGACAAAAAUUAACAUCGUCGAAGCGAAACCCGAACCCAAAAUAAUAACCAAAGUGGAAGUGGUAACGGAAGCGGCACCAAAAAUAACUCAAAACGUCAUCACCAAAGUCGAAGUGGUCAGCGAACCGUCGAAAACUUUGCCGCUCACGACCAAGAAGGAAACUUCUAGCGUGGUUCAAGUAAAAUCUGACGACGAACCGGCUUUAAUCGUCGGCAACAACAUCGGCGAACCCGAAUACGAUUUCCUUUCUCGUCAACCAUCCGAAUUCGUCGAGGAAACUUACAAACUGAUCAACCUGAAACCUUCGAGUUCGAAAUUCCAUUUGAAACCGCGCGCGUCCGCCAUCGAACCUCCGAAAAACAAACCCUCGCACCCCCAGCAACCCACAGGAUUAGUCUCGAAAAUCGAAGGGAUGGUCGUAAAAGACGGCGUGAUGACCUCUUACGAGACGAGCGUCAUCGGGACUUAUAUAUCGGGGAAAUACGCUCAAGUGUUGCAGAGCACUUCGCAUGUUUACAGUCAGCCCAAGGGAAAAAUUAAUCCCAGCCCCAGCGUAAGGAUUUUGAAAACUGCCGCCCCGACGUUAAACAAGGCCUCGAAACAGCACAGGCAACAUCUGGAACCUACACCAGCUGCGGCUGCGUAUUACGAUGAAAGCUCGGCCGUAGAUUCUUUCGGCGCUCACAACGCCAUCAAAGGCACGAGGAAACCCGCGAAGAGAUUUAAGAACAGGCAAAAGGAGGCGGACGUACCCGAACAGAGAAUCGACAGGGAACCGUCACAGGCUACGUUCAAAAAGAGCCACAAGGGUAGCAGGACUCCGAAUAGGAGCAGCAAACAAAACACGCCUUCCUCACAAAGAACUCAAAAGCAUGGUCGUGGUGGUCGCAAGUCUGGCGCAAAAUCCGUCGCUACUACAACAACCCAAUAUGCGUACAGCGAUGAGCCGACUCCGGCCCCGUCAUCUGCCAGAAGAUUUACCAGUAGAAAGAAACAAACCAAGGUCGCAACCGUUCAUCCCGAGACUACCACCAGCAAUAACAACGGCGGCUUCAGCAGAAGAGGAUACAAGCCCAAGGUGCAAGCUUCGCCGAUCGAUCACGGUGCUGCCUCUACAAGCUUGUACAAGUUUAAGUUGAACAGAUCGCCGGGCAGAUGGCAGUACAAGACCACCCCCAAGCCUCGAGUAACAAUUAUUCGAAAGCAAAACGAGGAGGAGACGGGCAACAAUAACGAAGCUGUGGAGACGACCGUUUCGUCUGCAUCGCCCGAAGCCCAACCGCUGGUUCCGGUUCAAAUGAGCAACGACGUCGCGCCGCAGGCCAGAUCAGACGAGGAUAGCUUGGAGGGAUCAGAAUCCGUCGCCACAAUUAUAGACGACGAGAGUGCGACUGAAAAUAAAGUGGAUAGCCCGACGUUGCCCCUGGAAACUAUUAAAGUUGAAAUUUCUACGCCGCCGGAUUUUAAGGACGUAUAUUACGAAAUUGCCACAAUCAAGUCACCCUAUACUUUCCAGGUGGGAAACGUGAAGAACACGCGAUUCAUAACGGUGACGUCGACGUUCGAGAAGACCUAUUCGGAAAGCGUGGAGCCGACGUCAACGGGCGUUGCGAUGGAGCCCCUCACAGAGAACAUUCUCGCGACAACGAGCAAUUACGCGAAAGAUAACAACUUUUUAGACUCGAGCAUCGCGACGUUGCCGCCCAUUUAUCUUGCGUCGGACACGGAGACGCCGCCUCUCGAAACGCUCACCGAAACGUUCAGCACGACGCAGACGAUGUACAAGACCCAUAUUUUACCGGUGAUACGUAGCGUUAACGAUACCAAAAGUUCCACUUUGGUGCAAACUUAUCUUAUAACGAGACUGGUGACUGCCACCAAAACUUUGCCACCGAUGGAAGCCUAUCAGUUCAUUCCGAGCAAGACGCUAAAAGAGUUCAACAGUCGAUUGGAUGAGGCCGGCUCUGAGCUGCACUUAGAGCUCGAGUUUGGCGAUAACAACGAGCAGGAUGAGGACGGGCAUCCCAAGAGAAUAUUGCCUGCCGAUCUGGACUUGUCACAGAUAGGGUCAGACUUUAACUUCCCUGAUGUAGACAAGUCGAAGAUUGAGCAACAGUUGAAAGCAAGCAAAAAGAGUCAAAGCCAGUUGCAGGUAAACGAGCCUCAACCGCAGCCCAACCUGAACCCGGAGCAAUUGCAGCAGCUGGCCCUUUUAAGACUACUAAACCCGGCGGCCGCCGCCCAGGGCCAAGUAAUAACCACAUCAAAGCCGGUUAUCAAAGUGGAAACGUUGUACGAAACGCACGUGUUGCCCGUUACACAGGGACAAAACACGGUCCUGAGCACGAUAUCCAAAGUCAAAGGCACUUUUACUAAAACCGACUACGAGUUCGGCACGAGCACGAUCGCUCCCGCAUUGCCACCACUGCCCCAGUUUCCCCCGCCCAUCAAUCCUAUCAAUCCCAUUAAUCCACUGUUUCCGGCAGCGCCCCAACCACAACUGCAGCCGCAGUUCACGGUGACGUCAUCACCGGUCGUCCACAGCACGAUGGUGACGCAAACGAACAGCAAGGUGCUGAAACUGACGUUCGGCGCGAGGACAGCCCAAACGACCGUGUUCUCGACGACGGUCGUGCCGACGCUAUUGACCACCUACAUGACGACAUCGGUACCGGUGGCACCGACGGCCGCUUUUCCGGGAUAUUUCCCGGCCCCGUAUCCCGGAUAUCCUUUCGUGGGAUGAACGCAGGUGUCUAGUUUAAUCGAUAUUUAUUGACGCGUGUGAAAGUGAUCGCGAUGGACAUUUUACGAUGACGGCGGACGCUCUUGUAAUAUAUAAACCUCCAUUUACUCACUCAUAUUUGUGUAUAUAAUUCAUCUCUUCUCUGACGACGGUGCCGCUCACAGACUUCUAGAAAUCCGUGUGAAGGAUUACGAUAAAUUUACAAGCUUCCAGGAUAACAAUGCCGCAAACAACUGUCAAAUUUCAGUCCAGUGGCGUACCAUUAUCAGCCUCGCCCGGUUAUAAAAAACUAGUAAUAGUGAAAAGUGUAACAUUAACGUUAAACGUUUAACUGAACAAAAUAACGUAGAGGUUUCUGUGCAUAUAUUUUUAGACGUCUGUGGCACUAUCCAAUACUACGAGCCCAGUUGUAAGGGCCCCCUUUGUUUACAAUACAUAUAGCAUAUUGCAUAAAGAGUCAGUAACUAUUAUUCGUCCGGCGGAGUUACUGACUCCGUGUAUUUCCUCGACUUCAUUCUAUUAUUUGCGUGCAUUAUGUUGAACAUCUAAGGGCCCUCUGAAUUCAUGUGUACAUAGACUUAGUAUUUAUAUUAAAUGACGCACCAUUAGAUGCGUUUUCUAUUUCCUGUAAUAAAAUUUGUGCACUUACUUUGAAUAAAUUUGUAAUU